AUGAAUCGGAACGAAAAAGUUGAGAUGAACCAAGAUGAUUCGUACCCAAAGCUUAGAUUAUUGAUUUUGCAAUAACAACUUUUUACAUAGUUUGUUAAAACUAAGGACCUGUUUUAAUUUCAUCUAACUUCUCGUGUGAAGACGAGUUAACAUAGUCAGUUUUUUGCAAGUUGACAUGACAUAUAAAUUGGACCCAGCCGUGAAAAGUGGGAACAAGCAACAUUGUUAUAUAUCAGACGGUUGUCUACAUCUGGUUAUAAUUUAUCAGCCUUCGUUCUGAUAAAUGUUUAAAUUGUUUACAUUAUGAUUAAAAAUGGACUAUCAAAACGGCAGUUGGUUACGAAUCAAAAAGAGUAAAUUUAGCGUUGGGCACCUCAACUUUUAUUGGCCAAUGGAGAAUACACCAAAUGACAAAACAUUCUGUGGACUAAAAAGUAAAUUUUCAUUGUCAGAAUACACCAAAUGAAAACCCACAAAUUUUAUGAGAUACUUGAAAUAAGUCCAUACUGUGGCAACAUGGUAAGUAUUUUAUCUUGUUUUUCGUGCCAAGUAGAUUUUCUCGUUGGGUGGAUUAUAUAUAAAUCAGUUUGGUUUUAUGUAAGCUUAAGGUCAUCUUGCAUCUGUACAGUUGGUUGCCACUUCUGUUUCAGUUUUUGCUGGUCAUCCAUAACAUUGAGUUCUGUUAAGAAAACCGUUCACGUACAGAGUUAAUUAUUUCAUUCAACUAGGGGACACCAUCUGUCCACGAUUUUGUGGUUUUUCAUUAUAAAAAUUGUAGUAAUAUAUGCUGUAUCAUCAUGUACAUGACUGCAGAAAAGUAAGCCCAAAUAACAACUGGAGUCAAGUGAAAUACAGAGCAUUUUUUGCAACCACUCUGGACAAAUGAAGAUUUUCAUUUACUUACUAUUAGUAACACUUUUUUGUCAAAGGGGGCUUGGAAAGAAAGGAAAGGCUGCCUUUCGGGAGGCUUUUGGACGAGUGGCUGAGUUGCGAUCCUGUCUGCAAAGUGGAACACCUCUUCUGGCACUGACAGCAACUGCCAACAAGGAAAUGAGGAACCGUUUAAUCAAGUGCCUUGGUAUGAAAAGUGGUGAUAUCAUUAUUGUCAGCCCUAACAAGGAUAACAUCAGAUUUACUGUCUUGCAAGCAGACAAACAAUUUCUAUGCUUCAACUGGCUGCUGUCAUUGUAAAGGGAGGAGAAACAAAACACCCCCUUCUCAAUAGUAUUUUGUAAGACAGUAAAUGACAUUGUUUCCCUGCUGACUUACUUCCUGAUGAAACUUGGAAACUCUGGACUUUAUGUUUAUGGUGAGGGUCCAAUUCAUGAGAGAUGUCUGCUGGGUGUUUACUAUUCGCAGACUCCUAAACAUCACAAAGAUUGUGUUUCUGGAAAUGUCAGAGUGGUUUUUGCAACAACAUCCUUGAGUAUGGGCAUUGACUUUGCACAUGUAAAGUAUGUUAUUCACUACGGGCCAUCUAACAACUUGACAUCGCAUCUCCAGGAAGCAGGGCGAGGUGGGAGAGAUGGAAACCAGGCAUUUCAUAUAACAUUAUAUCAUGGAAGACAUCUGAUAACUUGUGAAGGAGAUAUCAAAACUGCUGUGAAACAUUCAUUGAAGUCAUGCUGCCGAGUUCAAUUUCUUCGAAGUUUCGAUGAAACAGUUUCUCCUCUGGAACCACAGCAUGACUGCUGUAGUGUAUGUCACCAAAGUUGCAACUGCCUGGGUGAUGGCUGCGGUAAAGUGGUUCCAGAAUUUGAUUUUGUACCAGAAAGCAUGGAAGAUGUGAAAAAAUCGCGAGAUGUUUCUGAGAAUGACAAAGAGUGUGUUAAAGAAGCCCUGAAAGAAGUCCAGCGAUCACUGUCCUGCCAGACUCAAGUGCGUAUGUUUGAUGACUCUGCUGUCAUUUCUCAUGGUUUUUCGGAUAAGCUCACUGACAAAAUUGUGAGUAAUGUCAAUUUUAUUUACAAUGUGCAUGAUGUAAUUGAACACUGUAAUCCACCCACUCUUAAGGUGGCAGUCAUUAUUCUUGAAAUUGUCAAGGAAACAUUUGAAGAUGUGGAAAUCACGGAUGAGCUUUAUUCUUUAGUUUAUGCAAAGGAACAAACACAUUUACUGGACAAACUAAAUGCCUCCUUAGGACGUACAAUUGACCUGGAAAUGUUUGAUGAUUUUCUGGAUUUAGAAGAAGAUUUAUUGCCGUAAAAAAUGAUUAUAUUAAUUUUUGUCAUUAAUACUAGGGUAGCAUUAGUGCAGGGUUUCAUUCUUAAUUUUCAAGAGUGCUUAAUGACAACUUAUUUCCUGGCAAAGAUCAUUGCAGAACCGGAUUCGUGACAAUUAUGACUCUCAUUAAAUUAGGCGGAAAGCAGCACUUGAGCAGUUUUAACUUUAAAUGGACAGUGAUCCUUCAGAAAGGAUGAUUUAAUGAAUAUAUGUCAGGUGCAUCUCUGGAAAUAAAAUCACAAAUAAUGGUUCAUAGAAAAGUGGGAAACUUCAUAUUGAAACCAACAUUUGAACAAUGAAAUAAGUGCCCCCUUCAAAUUAUGAGCCCAGAAAUUUGAAAUAGAGUGAAGGACCACUGUUCAUUUAAAGUUAAGACUGCUAAAGUGCUGCCUUCUACCUAAUGUAAUAACAGAAUUAUUCUGAAGAGUUCUUCACAGUUUAGCAUGAAAUUUGUGCAGAUGUUUUAUCAAUAUUUGUGGAUUAGCAAUUUUCUGUGUGUUGUGGGAAAAGCUGGAUAUUAAUAACUUUCUCGCAGGAUCUACUUUUGAGUCAAUUGUUUUGUCUAUGAAUCGGAACAAAAGGAACCAAGGAAGCUUAUUAUUUACAACUUUUACUGAACAGGACCUGUUUAAGAGACACAUAGUCAUUUUGCUUGUGAUACAAGCAACAUUGUAUAUAUCAGACGGUUGUCUACAUCUGGUAUCAGCCUUGUGACAAAUGUUUACAUUCUGUGGACUAAAAAGAGUAAAUUUUGCAGCAACUUAUUGGCCAAUGCAGAAUACACCAAAUGAAAACCCACAAGAUUUUCAUGUCAGAUACUUACACAUAGAGUACUGAAAUAAAACAGUUUUCCCACUAUAAAGAGUUAGUGUUUUGUCACUUCAUAAAUCGCUUUCCAGUCAUGAAACCUGUCUUUUGCCCACUGAAACAAAUCCCUGUAGUCAAUGUCGAGGACAUUGGACUGAAACUUUUGGAAUGAUGGAUAGCCCUUUCUACCAGGUGAUGUCUCAAACACCUUGCCACUGAUCAGGUCUUUAACUAUAAUGCUAACUGCUUCCUCUGGAUCUGUGCUUCCAUGGUGCCCACUUCUUUUAACUUUGUUGCAAUCCUUGUAAAUGGUCUCCAUUACUUUAUUUAAUGGCACAAUUGAUUGCGCUGCACGUUGUAAAGAGGCACUAGUGACAUUAGCACCCAUCCCCUUGGCUAACCUUUUAAGCAAAAGAUUAAGAUGUUCCAUGAAUAAAUGAAGUGGAAUAUUCCAUUAAGGUUUCUUAAACACAUACAAUAUUCUGUCACCACUGUAACAAAAUUUGUUGUCUGAAUUAUUUUUUACCCAUUCUUUUCCCUUUUUUGCUUGUCAGUAUUUGUCAGAAAAGCUUUCUUAGUUUCUAUUUUUUCAAGUUAUAGUUAUAGUACCUGACGUUUUGGGUCUUUUCUCCUUUAAGUGUAUCCAAUACAGAGAGCACGUCAGUAUCUUCCAAAAGGUCAUCCUGGUUCCGUGGAAGCAUUUCCUUACAAGCUCUGGAAACUGCAUCACUGUAAUUCUUAUAUUCAGAAACAGCAUCCAAGGAAAAAUCGACUGUACAAAUUUCCAUUGCAUUUUCAUCUUUUUCGCUGAGACUGUCUAUCACUUCUUCAAGUAAUUUGAUUUUGUUGUGGCGAUUCACUGUAUCAAUUUUCCAUUCAUUUACUGACUUGUCAAAAGAUGCAGCUGCUUUUUUUUGCAUAUUACGCAAGGUAUUGGGAUCACUGGAAAGGCCUAACUUGUGGAAGCAGUCGACUUCUUCCUUCUUGCAACCCCCGAGGACUAGAAUUGUGUUACUUCGAUACGCAAAGUUGGAAAUUAGCAUCCAAAGAUUGAGGUAACUGGAAAUAAUUAAUGCCUCUUGGUUGACAGGAUUUUUCACUUUUUGGCAACCUUGAACAGAUGCCUUAACAAAGGUAUGCAGUGAGGGGAUUUUCUCUUCUACAUCUUUAAGUAGACUUUCAUUAGUGAACUCCGCUAGCUUCUCUAAAUUACUACGAUAUUUGAACACGUUGGAACGGUCUUUCGAGUAACGUUUGAUCUCCCUUUUUACUUGUUUCCCCAGUUCAAGCAGGACUUUACUGUUCAGUGGCUCAAAGUUCAUAACACCACGUGCAGCAGCUUGGUAAUUUUCUAAAGCCAAAUUUGUGACAAGCAUUUUUUCUUCAGGGUUAGUUUCAUGUUCAAUGACUCGUCCAUUUGGGUAUGCAAUAAAUAUCUGGAAAAAGAAAAAGAAGGGAAAGUGAUUUACCGCCAGUACAUCGGUAAAAGGUCUCAUCGCAAAUUAUUUGAAGCACGUUAGAAUAUUAAAAGGUUUGAAAUAACAUGUUGGUGAAUUGGCAACAGAAUUUUACUUUCACUCCUUGACUGAGAACACAUUCAUUGAACACAUCAUUGUAAACUGCGAUCAGCCGUUCUUUUUUCUUUUUCUCUGUUUUUUUUCCGUACAGUUUCGCCAAAAAAACCCCGCAGCCUGAUCGCCGAUUUCUAAAACUGGAAAAUAAAUAA